AUGAACAUAUUUGGACGUAUACAUUUUAAAUACAUAAAACCCCUACAAAUAAAUAGAUAUGAAACAAGAAAUAUUACUCAAAGAAUAGCAAGACCUCGAAAAUUCCAACAAAUGGUGGUAUUAUCAGAUGGGAGCACAUUUACAAUAUCUACAACGUCUCCAAAACCUAUUAUUUGGAUCACGAAGGAUCAAAGAAAUCAUCCACUUUGGAAUCCCGAUAAAAAAAGACAGAUUGAUGAAAGUGAUAAUGAAGGCCGUCUUAAAAAAUUUAAACAAAAAUAUGGAACAACUUACGAUAUUGUGUAA